AUGGGAAAGCCCAGACCGCAAAAGAAGAAAUCAUCUAAGCCUCGCCAAAAGUCCGUUCUUGGCCCCGGUGGCUCGAUCUCGAAAGGCAACAGCAACAUGGCUCAAGAUCCUUCGACACUCGUCGAUCAAGCUACGAUCCUUUUACAAACUGGCCGAGCCGAUGAGGCACUGCUUCUUGCACAACAGGCACUGGAUUUGACCGCCGAAAACACCCCCGCACAGCUCCCCGCCAUCAACUUGCUCGGAGAAAUCAAUGUCGAACUAGGCGACAUCGAUACGGCUAGAACCUAUUUCCUUCAGGCAGUUCAGCUUGACCAAAAUGGCUCGAUUCCCGAAUCCCAAGGCGGAGGAGCUGAGAAAUUCCUAUGGCUCGCACAAUUGAGCGAGGAAGGUGGAAAGGACAGUGUCCUGUGGUUCGAAAUGGGUGUGACCUCUCUCCGACAAGCCAUUCAAGGGCUUGAAGGGAAAACAUCACCUGAAGAAAUCGCCGAUCUCGAACAGAAGAAGACCAAGAUGUCCAACGCACUCUGUGCUGUUGCUGAAAUUUACAUGACCGAUCUUUCUUGGGAAGAGGAUGCUGAAUCUCGUUGUGAAACACUCAUUACGGAGGCUCUCGUUAUGACUCCUGAAGCACCAGAGGUGCUGCAGACUCUCGCCUCCAUUAGGAUAUCACAGUUGCGCACCGAAGAUGCGCAAGCAGCCCUCAUUCGCAGCAUGGGGCUAUGGAAGGAUCUUACUCCAGGAGAUGUCAAGGUCCCUGACUUUGCGAUCCGAAUCAGUCUUGCACGACUCCUCAUGGAGGUGACUUUGGAAUUCGAGGCUCUGGAAGUUCUCGAGCGCCUUAUCCUCGAAGAUGAUCAAAGUGUAGAGGCGUGGUACCUUGGAGGCUGGUGUCUCUUCCUGCUGGCAGAAAAGCAACAAGCACCGAAGGAUGCGACUCCUGAGGAGCUUGCCGAGUCCCCACGACAUGCAUCCCUAGAAGCUAGUCGUGAAUGGCUCAAGCAAAGCUUGAAGCUCUACGCAUUGCUCGAGUAUGAGGAUGAGCGUCUUCAUGAUCACGCCAUCGAGCUUGUACAGGAAAUGAACAAAGAAAUUGGAGAGGAUGAGGAGAGUGAAGCUGAAAACGAGGGAGAGGGAGGCGAUGAAGACGAGGAAUACGAGAUUGAGGCUGACUCCGACGACGAGAUGGCAGAUUCUUAG